UCUCCUCAUAUUACCACCCUACCACACCACCACUUCAGAUGCUGAAAAUGAUCAACAUUUCGUCCCUCUUUCUCGUCGGCUUAGCUUUCCUUAGUGUCCAUACACCAUCUGUUUCUGCCGAUGCUUGGUCCGAUCAAGUUCUCGCUGAGCACAAUCAGGCUCGUGCGCGGUACGGCGCCAGAGCCCUACAGUGGACCCCAGCGUUAUAUUCUGCUACUGUUCAGUAUGUUCAAAUGUGUAAGUUUGCACAUAGCAAUGCUGAAAGUCAGUAUGGCGAAAACAUUUACGCUAGCUCAAACCCAAAUACUGGCAUCAAGGACGCUGUGGCCGCCUGGAUGGCAGAAUCUUCUAACUAUAACUACAACAAUCCCGGAUUCAGUGCGGCCACUGGACAAUUUACGCAGGUAGUGUGGAAGAAUACACAGCAAGUUACGUGCGCCAUGGCUUCUUGCCCCGCUGGUGCAAUUUUCCCGCAGCCCUCGAAAUAUAUCGUCUGCCGUUACACUCCUCAAGGCAAUAUCGCUGGCCAGUUCCCUCAAAAUGUUGGCCGCUCUGUCGUGUGAAACAUACAAUCACAGAUUACCUUCCACGGAUACCUUUUAUCUAGCUUUGGCGAUAUGCAGUUACCAAGGGAAGGGGGAAUAAAGGAAGAAAACCAGAGAAAAGUAGAA